AUGGUGAUCGAAAGAACAUCUGCUGCUAGGCCACGCUCUGGCAAGAUUCGUCGUGGCCAUUCCGGUUGCAAGGCGUGUCGGCGCAGGGGAAAGCUUUGUGAUGAGGGCAAGCCGGCGUGUCUGGCAUGCUACAGGCUCUCAUUACACUGCGAGUACGGACGAGAUAUUUCCUUCCACCAUUACAACGGCGCGAAGGCUCAUGCUGCCAGUUUUAGGGAUUCAUUGGUGUAUCAAGUGGCAGAGUGUCACGGAACCGCAUCCUUGAUCAAGUGGCAGGAUCCCUCGUACGAGCUGAAAUUCACGGGAACCAGGUCCAAUGCGAUACCACCGGUCGCGCCAUUUGGUGAAGACGACAUCUUGGGCGUCUAUUUCAAGCACUUCGAAAGUCAUGUCAGCAAGGUGCUACCAGGAGUGCCGGCGGGAUUUUCCAAAACUAUUCGGUCAUCGGCCGCAUUGUGCUAUGCUGUCCUCUGCUUAUCAGCGUCGAAUUUGGCCAUGCUUGACGCACGUGUGGACCAUCGUCAGAUAUCUCAAGAUCAAAGAAGUUCGGUCUUUAGCCCAAUAGCGAAUCGAGCACACUAUAAUCGAGCACGGGAAUAUCACGAUCGAGCCGUGCUCUCUUUAGAGUCCGAGGAGAUUAGCAAAGAACCGUCUAGCUGCGCGUCGGCGCUGGCGGCGAAAGUUCUCCUGGCCAUCUAUCAUCACGCGUCGACUGAUCACCUGAGAUUCCAAAUGGCUGUGGAGGAUAGCAAUCACUUCGUUAACAAGCACGUCGCCACCAUUAUGCAGUCAGCGGAUGCGCGGGAAUCACUCCAGAUGUGGCAUCGCCUCUCUGUAUCAUCUCGGACCUCGCGCCGACCGACUCUGCUCAUUGAGGACGAGGCCAAUGUCUGUUCCCGACCGAACCCCGCCUUGCCCAAUACUGUUGAGCAGCUACACCUGACCUGCAUCUUGGGCAUGAGUUCAGAUGAUCUGAUCUAUGACAUCCUGAUCAAGACUGUCGAGCUUCGAAGGAGAGCCGUAGUGUUUCGCGCCGUCUCAGGUGUGGCCAAUGUGUCAGACCAGUCGCAGGGCCUUGGACGUCUUGCUCACCAACACCUGGACAGGCUACUUGGCAGGUGGAGUAGCAAGGAAGAGUACGAAGAAGCAGAAUCGACGUUCAUUCAGGGUCCGCAUCUGAUAAGCCUCUUAAAGACUCAACAAGAUAGAUUGUCAGUGUGGAGAUCCAGGCUCGACGUGGCUCAGCUUCCACCCGAAAUAUGGAGCGAUCCGGACUCUUCACGUUGUUCUAAGGACUCGAAAAACGAAUCUCGAACGUUACCCAGCCAUAGGGAUGCGAUGAAUGGUCUGUACUACUUCCUUUGCCAAAUCAUGAUCGCCACACUUCGGGGAAAUGACUCCCUGCAAGACUCACCGACAGAAUCGGGUCAAUCGUAUCUCCCAUGGGUGGAGACGAUGGUACAGAUGAUGGUCUGCAUCAUUGAUACACUGGAAUUUUCCACAUCAAGUACGUCUGACGUUUAUACCUUUAGCUUGACGGAAGUCCUCGUCCAACUCUCUCUUACCUGGCAUUCAACGUCUACUUUUCGACAUAUCCUGGACACUACGUGGCCUCGGCUAGAGGCCGGAGGCCGUGGCUUCGAACAUUCCCACUGUCCCACCCACUUGGCGAAGCGUAUCAUCACUCUUCUAGCCGAUCUGUGGUCCCAAGGGCAGGCUGUCACAUACGCAUCUCUGGCAGUCGAGGAGAGUGUCCCGAAGCUGCAGUUGCUCGCAAUCGGCCAACCUGUCGACCUCGUGUUGUGCGGCCACGGUGCCGAUGGCACAUCAUUCAUUACGAGGACACAAUUGCCUUGA